AUGGGCCUUAAGGCGAAGCAAUGUCCUGCGAAGAAGGGCGGCCGUGACGAGAAGGUCGCCGCGCCGGCGCCGGCGCCAGCGGCAGAGGGCGCGUCGUCGUCGGACGGGGAGGGAGUCAUGGGCACCCGCGGGCUGCCGAUGGCUAACCUCGUGCGCCUCAUGCGGCAGGUGAUCCCCAAGCGCGUCAAGAUCUCCUCGCGCGCCAAGGAUCUCACGCACGACUGCGCCGUCGAGUUCGUCGGCUUCCUCACCGGCGAGGCGGCCGAGAGGGCCACGGCGCAGCACCGCCGCACCAUCGCGCCCGAGGACUUCACGUGCUCGCUCCAGGCGCUCGGCUUCGACGACUACGUCAAGCCCAUGAGCAUGUACAUCAGCCGCUACCGCGAGCAGGUCAACCCCGCCGGCUACCGCGGGUUCGCGCGGCGCCCUCCUCCCCCUGCGACGGUGGUGGCGGCCGCCACGGCGGCGCCAUGCGUUUCCGAUGAGGAGACGCAUGGUCGUGUUGCCCGACAUGGAGAGUGUGAUGAUGGCGGGAGCACGUCGGUGCACGCGCCCACGCCGAGUGCGCACACUUCACCUGAUAACAUGUGA